CUAUUGAAUUGAACGUCUAAUGUCUACUUUGAUUGUCUACGUGAAAUCUGCAACAAGCAAAUAGUUUUGAUUUGUUAAGCGGCAUAUUUCUUUAACAGUGUAAACCAUGAAAUAAAACAGUAGAUAAAGUGCAAAACGAUUAGCUUGAAAUAUUCUUUAUUUUUCAAGUAAAAUACGUUUACCAUUAAGAUGGCUAGCGAAGAUGUUAUUGAAUUAGGUUCAUCUGAGGAUGAAGCGGAACCUGCACCAAAGAAGAAGAAACCUAUGCCUAAUGCAAUGGUUCACAUUCCUGCUAAACUUCCCGGACUUACAAUAAAACCGGCAAAAAUUGAUAGAUCGCCUGCUCCAAAGAUUUUAAAUUUUACGAAAGGUAUAUUAUCACAGCCAGUUUUGAUUGGAAACAUUAAUGUACCUGUUUUAAAGAAGGUGCCUAACAUUGUACACAAAGCCCCCUCAAAUCCACAUAGAUUUUCCAUCAAUCCAAUCAGUGUUGUAAAAAAUCUCAAAAAACCGGACUUAAUAAUAAAAAAAGUUCCAUCAAAUAAAAAGCUUAGAAAACCCGUUGAAAUACAAGGACCUAGAUUAAUAAACAAAUUGCCACCAGGUAUCACUAUUAAACCCUUAGCUUACCCUGGUGUAUCGGGGGUUAAUAAGAAGCGUAAUAUAAAUGAUUUAAAAAAUACUAUUGGCGAAGUAUUAACGGUAGAAGUAGAGGACGAAGAGGCAGCUGAAACAUCAAUUGAGAGUCCACAGUGGUACCUGAGACCUGAGGAGCAGGAAGACUUUAAAAAUGAAACCAAAGAUUGCGGAGAAGUCAAACCCAUUGAUAAAAAUGAGUUGUCUUUGGAAGAGCAAAAUAAUAAAGAACCUGAAUCUCCUAGCUAUGUUGAAAUAACAAUAGAAGAUAGUCCUGUGAAAUCUUUACAUUUAAAAGAUAAAAGUGAGAUUGGUAAAGAGUUUGCUAUUACCAUUGAAGACAGUCCCGUCAAACCCGCUAAGAACAAGAAUGUAGAUAGUGACAGGGAAGAAAGCCCAGAAAAGGUACCACAAAGUAAAAAGAAAUUGGAUUAUACUAAAGAGAGACAGGUAGUGGAAAUAGAAAUUGAUCUUAUGGAGACAGGUUCAUUUAAUUGCAAUGAAAAUAAGGACAGUGAUAAACAAAAUACUGAAUCGAACAUAAGUAAUAAAGAUGAAUCCAAAAAAAUGUCUGAUGAAAGCCUUUCUUCAAAACUUGAAUCAAAUGUUGCCAAUGAUUCAAAAAGUGAUACUGAUAAGCAUGAAUUUCAUCCCGUUUAUCAAAAUUUCAUAGAUACAUGUUUCAAGUUAGAAGAUUCUGAAGAUAUGAAAAAAAUUGUUGAGAAGAAAAUUAAAGCUUAUUAUAAACAAUGUCCAAAGGAAUAUGUUGAGUCUGAAGAUUUUAUUGAUAUGGUUUCCAGUAAAAUUGUUGCUAUGAAGGCUGCACCAAAAAAGAUGUACUUAUACAUAAAAGAUAUAGUGGACGAUUUAAAUUUACAGAGAAAAAUGACAAAAGUGAUACCCCCAAAGUCAACGGAUACUCCACAAGAAAAGUCAAUACACUUUGAAGGUGACAAUGAUUCCAAAAGGCAGAGGCAAAUAAGGAAGCUAGAGAAAACUAUUAAAAAGUUACACAGAGCUAUUCAAAAACUAGAGGAACAGGAAGUUGAUUUCGAAGAUGAUGAAGAUUCAGUUUAUUUGUUAACGGAGAGAUAUAAAGAAAGAAUGGUCCACGUACAUGCAAAAUUCUGUCAGCUUACCAAUACAAAAAUGCCAUCAGAGCCUCGUAUACACUUAGAAGUUAGGCCUGGAAGACCCGCAGGGCCUGUGAGAAAGCUUGAGAAGUGGAUUAAUAGAAAAGUUCCUAUUGGAAAACCAUUACCGUUUCCUGAUUUUCAUGAUGUGUUGCAGUGUGUCAGGGAAGCUAAUAAUGAAGAUAAAUUAGGUUGGAAUGAAGUUGAUAUAAUGGAAGAAGCUCGAGAUUUAUUUUCGAGAUGUGGUAAGAAACUCCAAAGACGUCGACAAGAAAACGAAUGGAGACUUGCCAUUUCAAGGAUUCCUCAUGACGUGGAUCCAGCCGAAGAGAGUGAUGAAUUGAAGAAAAAGUUAGAUGACAAUAAAUCCGAGGCAUCUAAAAGAGAAGCUGAGCUUCUUAACAAGUAUGUGGAUAGACAGAAUCAAUUGAAGUUAGUUGCUGAAGAAAUUAAUGAUAAAGAAGCAGAAGAAUCGCCAGUGGAAACUGAAGAGGAGGACAUUGAUGAGGAUAAUCCUUUAACAAACAAACAGAAGCGUAAAGAAAGGCUUAAAAGACUUCUUCAGGAAAGAAAUAGAAAAACUGAAGAAAAGGAGAAUAAUCCUGAAGCAGAAAAUGAGGACAAUAAAGAUGAUGAUAGCAAAAAUGAUAAAACAUCCAAAUUAGAAGAGGAAUAUAAAUUUCAAGAAGACAAUUCGAAUAAAGAUGUUUACGUUGAUAAUGAUACCCAGCAAAGGCAUGAAGUGGAUAGUGAUAAGUCUAAUGUAAGAGAAAAAAGUGAGGAAACUACGCAGACCAUUGAAAUAGAAGAUAAAAAAGAAACUGAUGAAAGCGAUAAAAACGAAGAAAAUGAAUUUGAAUCUGACAUAGAUGAAUUACAUCUUUUACAGAAAUUACAUUCUGAAAAUGAAAGUGAUGUGUCAACACUCGAAUCUUCUGGAUCUGAUUCACCCAUAGCUAUUUCGGAUACUUUGGAAUCAGACAGUGACGUAGAAAACAAAAACCCUGCAAGUGAUGUAAUAAGCAUUGAGAAUUCGAGUUAUUCUGAAUCGGAAUCGACUAUUGAUGGUCUACCUAAGCAAAACGAAGUGGACUGUAUCAAAAAAUCAAAAAUCGAAGAUUUAGUUAGCAACGCUUUUGAAAUUGAGUACUCAACAGAUUCGUUAUGCAGAACAGAAAGUGAAAAUAUUGUUGAAAAUAUAUUACUUGCUUCAUCUGAUGACGAAAAUUCAAAUAAACUUGGAGAGUUUGAGGGUACAUCCAUUAAUUUGAAAGAUGAUGACAUAUCAAUAUCAGAAACAACAAUAGAUGGAAAUCCAUCUACAAAAUUCAAUGAUCUGAAUAAAAACAACUCACUCGAGAAUAAUAAUGCAACAGUCUUUGACUGUUCAUUUGAAAUUGAAAAUCCGAGCAUAUCGAUACACAAAGAAGCUGAUGAAAAAAAUAAUAUAAGUAUUGAUAGUGUUAUAGAAUGUUCUGAUGUUGAUGAGAUUGUUAAUUCCAGCAACUUAUUUAAAGAUUCGAUUAACGGUGUAGAGUUACGAAUGGAACAAAAUAAACUUGAAAUAAACUCUAGUCAAAGUUUAAAUAUUAUAAAAUCUUGCAAUAAAGAGCAAAGUGGACUAAAUGAAAAUGAAAAACAUAAAUCACAAAGUGCAACACCAACUGAUGGUUCAGCAACCAAUAGUGAGACUGCUAAUAAUAAUAUAGAAACAGAGUAAUUCACAUGCCAAUCAGUAAACAAGUAACUUAAAAUUCUCAUUAUUUGUCUUGAACUCAGAUAAGACUAUAUAAUUUAAGUGUAUAUACGAAAUUUCCUAUGCCAUAAAUUAGAUAGAACACUUAUUUAAUAUUAAAUUGAUAAAUAAAGUGUCUAUUAUACGUGUUUUAUAAUAAGAAUUUUCUGAUGAUAUUUUAAGUCUUGUAUAUAACUGAAUGUCUAAUAAGUUUAAUUUUAAUUUUUUUUUUAUAAUCAAGCUGAGUUUGGGACAAAUUGUUUGUGCACAAUAUCAUCAAAAUGUAAUUGUCAAAAUUGCAGAAUAUAAUUUUUUAAAUUAAAAUUUUGAAAUAUGAAUUAAAAAUUAACACCAUUCGUGUUAACUUUAUUCAAUGUUUCAAUUUCAAAGAUAAUUUGUGACUUUUGAGUUUAAGUUUUGUUAAACAUUAUCGGUAUGGAAUUGAUAUUAAGAAUGUAUGUAAGGCCAAAUCUGCAGUAAAAUGAUUUAUUGCUGUACAUGGAUUUAUUUUUUAAGGAUAAUUUUCAUGACGAAAUGUCAAUGCCGAUUUUCUGUUGGCAUUUUUCAAUUUGUAAUGAAAAAAUUAUGUCAUUUUGUUUAAUAAUUUAAGAUUUUUGAUAAAAUUAAUACGCAUUUUUGAUAUUUGUGGCGUACUGAGUUAAACAGCAGUUCACAGAACGCUAUUGACACUUCUAAAGCUAACCACGAAUAUCUCUAUACAUAUACACCGGAAACAGUGGUUUUCUUGAAACAGAUGUAUUAAUUUUCUUAAAAAAUGUUUUUGGCCGUGCAUUGACUACGAUACAUAUUAUACCUUUUUAUCAUUUUAGUUCGAUUUCGUCAACAUCCGAUAGGAACGACAUGGAGCUGAAUGAGUCUUUUAUUUUCAAAUAUUUCUUUCAAAUCAUCAGCUAAGUGCUUGAAAAAAAAUUUCAAUCAGUGCAGCGUAAUCAACUCUAUUAUAUAUUGCAAAUUUAUGGAAAGUUAGCGAAGUUGAUAUAUUUUACACACAUGCUUAAUUUCCAAUGAAAAAUAUUUUCAUAAAUUAUGUAUAAACUACUGAUUAUUGCACGAGUAUUACUUAAAAUAAGUACUUCGUGUCUGUUUAUGUAGACAACAUCAUUGUACAAUAGACAAUUAUUUUAUAAUAAAAAUGUAACUGAAUAAAUAAAUUAAAAAAUA